UACACAUAAGCUUAGGUGUUACGCGUGAGCUUAGGCAAAAUUGCUCGCAAAUCUGAGAGGAAUGAUGUUAAAGACUGAUUCGUUCACAAGCAUCUCUUAUCUAGGGUUUUAUUCAUAUUGACAGUAUGAGUAGAGAGCAUCGAAAUUCAUGGAAGAUUGAUCAUAUAAUAGCGACGAUAGUCUUCUAUGGCUCUGAUAUUUGAGAAAAUGAGAAGGAAUACUCUAGAAGCUGUUCAAAACAUUGACCAAAACUCUCUGUUUCGAUGUUUCUUCGUUGCUUCUUAUCCAAAGAGAGGAAUCUGUGGUGCUCAUUUCUCCUGUCCUGUGCACAAGGCAAACAGUGACUCCUAAUUUUCAUUCUUAUAACUCAAACUACCAUUGUUACUCCUGUAAUUGAAAGAAAAUUUGCAAAAGAUUUCUCUAAACACCCACACAGACAUGGAUGAGAGGUUGCAGAAUGUUGCCAUGGAAGGAAAUGUGGAUGCAUUAUAUUCAGCACUUGCAGAGGAUCCUUAUGUUUUAGAGCGUAUUGAUCAAGUACCAUUUGUGACUACUCCCUUGCACACAGCUGCGAGGGAGGGAAAGAUCCAUUUCGCCAAGGAGAUACUAAACUUAAAGCCUUCAUUUGCUUGGAAGCGAGACCACCUUGGGCGCAGUCCCCUCCACUUGGCUUUGGAGGGAAAGCACCUGCAGGAAGGGCUUAGUCUCCGUGAUUUAAAUUUGGAGGAGAAGUACCAGGAACUUGUAACAUGGUUGAUAAAACAUGACAGUGAGGUUGUCCGUGUUAAAGCAAAGGGGAUGGUUACUCCUCUGCACUAUGCAGCUCAACUAAACGAUGAAACCAGUUUGGCUGACUUUUUGUAUGUUUGUCCAUUAUCAAUCGAAGAGUUGACUGUUAAAUCUGAAACUGUUAUACAUGUCGCUGUAAAAAACGGGAGUUUGAAAGCCUUUAAAGUGUUGUUAGGAUGGCUUCGACGCUUCAACAAAGAGGAGAUCCUGAAGUGGAAGGACGAGGAAGGAAACAAUGCAUUGCAUACUGCAGUAUCUACAAAUCAACCUCAGAUGGUGAAGCUGUUGAUUGGAUAUAUGAAAGUGAAUAUAAAGAACAGUAAAGGUUUGACAGCUUUGGAUAUGUUCUAUGAUCGCCAAGGUUCGCUAGAUGCAGCUGUUGGGGACAUUCUACUUGCUGCUAAAGCUAAAAAAGCAUCUGAACUAAUCUAUCGUGGGCCUACAAUACUUAAAAAAAUAUUUAUUCAUCUAUUAGGUUCAGAAAAAACUUCACUAGUAGAGCACUUUUCUGGUGGCUUAUCGUUUUCAGGAAGAAUUCUGAAAAGAUUCUCGCUAGGUUACCGAAGAGUUGAUGAAGUUCCCCUUGAAGUCCGAAAUGUACUACUUGUGGUUGCUAUAUUGAUAGCCACAGCCACCUAUCAAGCAGCACUAAGUCCCCCGGGAGGUUAUUGGCAAGAUGACAGCAAUCUGCAGCCUGCAGCCAACAACACUGGUAUCAGUAACUCCACCUGGAUCCAAGAACAUUCUGAACAACAUGCUGCAGGGGAGAUGAUUCUGGGGUCUCAAGAACAAUUAUUAUUUUUUACAUUUAAUUCUUUGGCUUUUUUUACGUCUGUGUGCUUUAUUUCCACUCUCGUAACUGGCCUCCCAUUUUACAGAAUCAUUAUCACAAUGACAUCCUGGAUGGUAUUUUCGUAUUAUUUUUCUAUUCGUGAAACUUUUAACGACACCGAAUGUGGCUUUUUAGGCUUUUUGUUUAUCUUUUUCCUGCCUGCAAGUUUUCUUGCAAUAAAUUAUAUCCCAUUUUUCUUAGAUCACCAACAUUCGAAGCUCACACUGCAUGGCCGCCGGAAGAACCUUCGUUGGGGAAGCUUUGAACAACCUAAGAUGUGAACUCAGCUGUGAUUAGUGUUGACUGAGCUGUAUUUUCUAUAUAGGAAAUAAUAGUGCAGCAUGAGUUAUAUUUUUUGUAUAGGAAUAACUAGUUGUAUUUUGUUUCAUUGUGUAAGAAUAUUUAGCUGCCAUAUAAUUAGCCUAAUUACUAGCUUAAGAUAAAGAUUUUUUCUUGAUUUAGUUAACCUCUUUUUUGUGUGUGUGUGUAUAUAUAUGGUGUAAUCCUUGUGUAAAGAAUAAAUGAAUGAAAAUUGCUCCAAAAACUUCUUAUGUGCCUUCAA